CGGAGAGUCGAGGCGAGCUGGCGAUAUGGCAGGUAUGGCAGGCUGGAUGGGUGGCAUGCAUGCACAUGUUCCGCGACGAGGAAAUGAAUUGUUCUCUAUACAGGGACAGGAAGAUAGACGGACUAUGCUCGAGAGAAUUGGUGAAGAUCAAAGGAGGUCAUGCAAAGUGACGUAAAAAAGUUGAAACGACCACCGUCACAUUGAGAAUUCGUCCAUUGAUCUGUUGGACCGUUUGACUCUGCUUCCCCUCUGCUCAUACUGCGACAUGGAUUUCUACUGGAGUCCAAGUGAUUCGAUUGAUAUCGGCACCUUCCUUCAAAAGCACAAACCAUCACUGUUCACGACGGACGAGACGCCGUGGAUCUGGGUGCGAGGUGUCGACGGAGCCAAAGAAGAUCCCGAGCGAGAUGACAAGCACGCAGACGCUCUGCUUCGUGCCAAGAAGAUCUUGGGAUGGUUAGAAAAGCGGCUCAUGGAGAUUGACCAUGACGAUGGGAUCCCCCUUCGAGCCAAGAAAGGUACGAUGAGCAAGAAGCAGGUCCGGGACGAGGCACACGAUACAGCCAAAAGUGACCUGAAAGUGAUAUCAAUCGACUCUGGCUGGACGGCUGGUAAAUGGAUGUUAUUCCCUCGUCACGCGGAUGUGGAUAGGACCUGGGGAGUGAUCGCCACGUCUGUCGCAAACGGCCCCUUGCGGGACGCUGGUGUCAAGUUGGCCAAAGUGGCGCCAAGUCGCAGCGGAGACGAGCAAAAUUCUACCCACGUGAUAUGCGUCUACGUUGACGACGUCUACCACCUCGGUUCCGUUCGCAAGAUUCUCGAGGCUCUCCUUCGCCACGGGAUAGAGCCCAGUGCUGUCAAAUCAGAUCUUUAUACUCUGGCGGGGAUCGACUCCAAUCAUUCCACCAAGCUCCGCUCUUCCAUUUGGCGUCCGAAUGAAGUGAUGAAUGGUGGCGCUGCGGAAGUGAAGAAACUCGUCGAGUCUUCACGGACGACGACCAAAGUGGGUCCAGAUGGAUUCAUUGAUAGUGACUCGGAGGACGGGAAGAUCGAGACCAAGGGGAAGAAGAGGGUUCACGAGGGAAAGGGGGAGGAGGCGCGGGGUCAGUCACCACAUGCUGCUCCGGUCAAAAAGGUCAAGAAGGACAAGUCUGCUGCCGUCAAGUACGUCGAGAAUGACAUCUUUGGCGGUGGCUCUGAUACGGAAUGAAAGCACGUUGAUGGAUCGGUGGUGUUGGAGGCGGCGAGGUGGCGUGAAGCCGCCAGUCAUCGAUCAAGGCAGCAGCAGCAGCAGCAGCAGCG